UUCCCCGGGCGGUUCGGGCUACCUGCGGAGCCGAGCUAGGUAGUCUUUUCAGGAUGUUCAGAGAGGCCACAGCCUUGGCCUGUCUUGCUCCAAAAGGACAAAAUGGACUCAGCUAUGUGAAAGUUGAAGAAGAAAAUGUUUGGAGGCAGGACUUCAGUCUUCAGGGAAACCUCCAGAGCCAGGAGGUUUUCCGCCAGCAGUUUAGACAAUUUGGCUACUCUGACUUCAGUGGGCCUCGGGAGGCUCUAAACCAACUGCAGAAGCUUUGUCAGCAGUGGCUGAGGCCAGAGGAGCGCUCCAAGGAGCAGAUCCUGGAGCUGUUGGUGCUGGAGCAGUUUGUGGCCAUCCUGCCUAUGGAGCUGCAGGCCUGGGUGCAGGAGCACAGACCUGGAAACGGAGAGGAGGCUGUUACUCUGCUGGAGGAGCUGGAGAGAGAAUUUGACGAACCUAAACAACAGGACACAGCUCUUGGCCAAGAAAUGACACUCAUGGGAACACAGACACCUCUGAGUAGCCAACUGCAGUCCUUGGAAGACCAUUGCAGGAGUGAACCCCAGGAGCCUCAGGUUUUCCAUGAGAGAGAUGGGGCAACCCUACCAUUUAGGGUUGAGGAUGAAGAUAGCAAGAUGGUGACUGACAAAGUACUAACAGCAAAGCAAGAAAUUAUUGAAUGUGUUACAUCAGUGACCAUGGCAUCUCCAGGAAGACUUCCUAGGGAAUCUUCUCCAGUACAGAUAGUUGAAGAAACUAUGGGAUGUCUGGAGAACAAUAAGCAAAGAGGAAGUGAUGAUGCAAGCAACAAAACGAGUCCACUUUCUUCCCAGGAAAGCUAUUUCAGUCUGGCAAGCUUUAACAAGAAACCCCCCACAGAACAGAAUACCUUCAAGUGUAAAGAAGGUGAAGGAAUUCUCAGUCUAAACUUACACGGUACUACACAGUCCAGAACUCACACAGGGAAACUGCUCUAUGAGUGUUUGGAUUGUGGGAAAGCUUUUUGCCAUAGGUCAAAGCUGACUAGACAUCAAAGAAGUCAUACUGGAGAGAGACCUUAUGCAUGUAAAGAAUGUGGAAAAGCCUUUGGUUUCAGAACAGAUCUUGUUAGACAUCAGAGAAUUCACAGUGGUGAAAAACCCUAUAAAUGUUGUGACUGUGGGAAAGCUUUCAGGGGCAGCUCAGGGCUCAUUAGGCAUAGGAGAAUUCAUACUGGAGAGAAACCUUAUGGUUGUGAAGAGUGUGGGAAAGCCUUCAGCCAGAGCUCCACUCUUAUUCAGCAUAAGAAGAUUCACAGUGGAGACAAAGGUUAUGCAUGUACUGAAUGUGGUAAGGCUUUUAGGAGAAGUUCUGUUCUUAGGGAACAUGAAAGAAUCCAUACUGGUGAGAAACCUUAUGAAUGUAAUGAAUGUGAAAAAUCCUUUAAUCAAAGCUCAGCCCUCACCCAGCACCAGAGAACCCACUCUGGGGAAAAACCUUAUGAAUGCUAUGAAUGUAGGAAAAUAUUUAGGCAUAGGUCAGGCCUUACGCAGCAUCAGAGAGCACACACCAGAGUUCAGCUUUGUGGAUAAGGGUUAUGUAAUUGUGAAAUGCAAGGAAUUCACUUUGAAGGGGAGAUUCCACAAAAAUUAGAAGUUUCCAGACAGCAAGACUUUUUCUUUCCAGCCUAGUUAGUUCUCUUAAGAGACUCACACAAACAGCUUACAUAUUGGAAGAGUUUUAUCUAGAUCUAGUCUACAAAGACUGAGAGAAAGACGGACCCACUCUGAAUGAGGACUCUCACCAAUAUGUUCUUCAUCCAUUCCCCACUACAGAUAGAACUGUCAUUGAGCACCUUCAUGUGAGUCCAUGACCGUGGAUCCUGCAAGAUCUCCUUAUUAAAUGCAAAGAUCACUGUCCAGCCAAAGUGUUUUUGUCUGGCAGGAGUGCAUUUUUUAAGUUACUGAGGUCUGAAAUGUUGAAUUGAGGCUAUGAAAUGUCAUGUCCUGGGUCAGUUUAAUAUCUGAGGAAUGGAAGCUGUCUGCCCCAUUGCCAGUUCUUUCAACCCUGAGCUUCCUGAUGUAGUCUACUUCCUUAUUGGUACCUCCUGGGCCUAACCAUUGGGAGAACAGACUUGAUCACUGCCCCCUCAAAAUUUAGGGCUAAUGGAAUAUACAAAUUUAUUAAUCAAGUAAUUCUGGUAAGAGUGUGUCAAUAACUGCUAGAUAAAUGUAGGGUUCUGAUGGAAGAUAUUCAGAGAUGCUUUACCGAUUUACAAAUUAACUAAAUAUUUCCUUGGGUGUGAUAUCUCAUUUGAUACCUAAAAUACAGAAGUUAGCCAGGCUAAUGGCAGAAGAACAGAGGCAGAGUUUAUAUAAUACAUACAUGGAAUGAUGAGAAGAGAGGAUCUGGAGACAUUCCUGUUUCUUCGAUUCCUGCUGGAAUUUUGAUUCCAGUUCAGAAGCCAGGUUGGUUUCUUUUGCUGCUUGUAAUAGCCUGAGUUGGAUAACCUGUUUCAGAUCAUGAGACUUUUAUGAUCUGGAAGUAUUCAGUUAGCAUGGUAACUAGUGUUUCUAAUGUAUACCAAGGAAACAACAUACACUGGAAGCUGAGGGACUGGAGUCUCUCUCAGCAUUAGGCUUGCAGAUGAUAAGCCACUUGAGGGAAAUACAUAUUGAGUCAAUCUCUCAGACUCUUCAAAACUUUCAUUUGGCAGUUUUAAUUAACCCACGAUUGCUGAUGGUAAUUUUUACUUAGGAAAAUGCACCAUUUUUGAAGACUUGGUAAUAGCUAUUGUGAGUAGAUAAAAAUGGAUAUGGUUCUCAUGUCCAAAGGAUGUGCAAUUAUGUAAGAACUGACUUAAAGGGAUAAUUCAAAUGGACAGUGAAUUGCCUUUCCUAUAGGUGGCAAGUGAAUGAUUCAGUGUUUUAAGUAUCAUUUAACCCUUUUUCUAAUUGUGAGCAUUGAGAAGUAUAACUCAUCCAUAAUUGUGUUACCCAUAGCAAAAUUAACUUUUGAACUACUUCCUACUGUUUUUCUGUAAUUCUAAUAUUUCUGGUAAAAAUCUCUAGUAUAAUUUUCUAAUUUUAAAAUUUUUAUGUUCAAUAUGCACUCCAGUUGCUUAGUAUCAGCAUGUAAUGGAAUGUAUUGUAAUUAAACUGAAAUUUUAAAAUUUUGCUUUUAAAUCAUUCAGGUAAAAGCACAGUGUGAGUGGAGUUAGGCUGGAGGGUAUGAAGGAGUGUAGAGUGGAGUUAGGCUGGAGGGUAUGAAGGAGAGUAGAGUGGAGUUAGGCUGGAGGGUAUGAAGGAGAGUAGAGUGGAGUUAGGCUGGAGGGUAUGAAGGACAGUAGAGUGGGGUUAGGCUGGAGGGUAUGAAGGAGUGUAGAGUGGAGUUAGGCUGGAGGGUAUGAAGAGAGUAGAGUGGAGUUAGGCUGGAGGGUAUGAAGAGAGUAGAGUGGAGUUAGGCUGGAGGGUAUGAAGGAGAGUAGAAAAAUGGGAAGUAGCACACUUAAUUUCUAGUUAAAUUAAAUGAAACAGCAUAAAGCUGUGAUAGCCAGACUUUUGAGUUGCUGGAGUACUGGAGUGAAAAAUCAAGACCCUUUUAAAUUCAUACAUACACUAAAUCCACCAAGAGAGCCUCCCUCAGCAGUGCUAAGUGCUGAGAAAGACCUUUGGUCUGACAUCAAAUUAUGUGCAUGUGAAUGCAAAUGCCUACAGAGGCCAGAAACAGGCACUGGAUCCCUUUGGAGUGGAGUUACAGGAGGUAAACCACCCAAUGUGGGUGCUGGGCAUGGAACUCUGGUCCCCUACAAAAGCAGUUCCUGCUCUAAGCCAUCUCUUUAGUUCCAUGUUUUGGGUAAUUUUGAGACGGUUUCAUAUGAAGUUUAUGGCCGAGAUGUGACUUCCUCGUCAGUGGUUCACAAACAGAAGUAGGUUAUUAGGUUACUGUCAAAUGACUUGGAAACUCAGUCCUCUCAGAUCUAGUUGCAGGCUGUGGCAUGAGGGAGGAAGGUAAGUUCCAUGUGAGGCAAGCACUGCUUUACAGACUGCCCCUGGAGCAAGAGGAAGAGCAGAGCAGAGAGAAGGGUACCGGCUGUUUUCCUUUCAGCUGCUGUGGUGUCCACUCCGUUUCAUAAAGACUGACACUGACUGUAAGAUCAUCUUCAGCUCCUCUAACAUGAGAAUACAGAUGAGCUCACUUGUUUAUGCCUGCUGAACUCAUGGGAAAGCACUAAUGACGGGGGUUCUGAAAUACUUACAACUUGCUUCUCUGAGCCAUAAAUUUUCAUGCAUGAAAGUUAACUUGCACAGGAAUUUAGAAUUUGAAGGGGAUUCUUUCAAUAUUAGGAAAGUAUGUCUGCAUUGAUUUUGUCAACAAUGAAAGAUCAGAGUUAAGUUAGUUAAAACUUGAGACAGGGAUGUCUUAGAAGGCAAGUACUUAUUUUCACUAUUUUGGGCUUUUCACUACCUGCUCUGCCUAGGGCUAUGGAUCUAGGGAUUAAACCUGGGGCCUUAAACAUAGUAAAUUUAUGCUUUACAACUGAACUAUAUUCUCUUGCCCCUCCCUCUAUAAGCAGUGCUAGAUUUUGCAGUAAAACUUUAAAUACAAAAAUAGCACAUUACCUGUAACUUCACCACCCAGAAGUAACCAUCUUGACAUUGUAUGUCUGUUAUUUUUAAUGCGUAAUGUUUUACAUGGGUUCAUGUUGUAUAUAGUGUAUUUAAUAUCUCAUGAAUGUUUCACAUGUUUUAACAGCUUGUAAGGCUGCAUAGUCAUGGUUCCUUAAGUAUAUUUCUGGGUAGAAUGU